CUGAACUACUGACGUUUGACUCUACCCGUAACUCCAUGCUCACGUUCUGAACGUUUCCGUUCUCCGAACGCUUGAAUUUCAGCUUCUCCAACAACCACCGACCUGGCCUCUCUCUCUCUUCUUCGCUCUUUUUCCAGAUCUCUUCCUCUCUCUUUCUGUCGUUUUCUUCCAUUCUAUGGCUGUCGCCGCCGCCGAAGCCGGCGGCAUGAGUGAACCGCAGACUCAGCGUAUGGAUGCCUCGCCUUCGGGAUCACUCUCCGGCAUACCAUCGUCGUCCGCUUCGCCCUCUAAUGGUCUUGAUCGGAGCCAGUCUAGCAAUUCUUUGCAGAACCCUCGUCAAGAUGCUGAAAUUGAUGAGUCUCCGGACGUAUUGAAGAGCGAAGAGUAUCGUCAAUUGUUUCGCCUUCCGCCGGAGGAGGUCCUUAUUGAAGAUUUUAACUGCGCCCUCCAGGAAAAUAUAUUAAUUCAGGGUCAUAUGUACCUGUUUGUAAAUUUUAUUUGUUUUUACUCAAACAUAUUUGGGUUUGAGACAAAGAGAGUAAUCCCACUUGAUGAAGUAACCAGUGUACGGAAGGCAAAAACAGCAGGACUCUUUCCUAAUGCCAUUGAAAUUUUUGCUGGAGGCAAGAAGCAUUUUUUUGCAUCCUUUCUGUCCCGCGAUGAAGCAUUUAAUAUCAUUAAUGAUGGGUGGUUGCAACAUCGCAAUGCUGCCAAAGCCAGUACUGAGCAGCAGGAAGCAAUAUCUGAAUCUAGCAGCCAAGAGAACGGAUUUAUAGCUAUUGAAAAAGCGAACAAUUCUGAGAUCCUAGACAAUGAAUCACUCGCUACCAAUCUGAGCAAAGAUAAUUCCAGCCAAGACAAUGAAUCCAUGGAAGUUUCAGAGCAGCAAUCUGGUGUAACUGAUGUUACAGAAACUGUAUCAAACAACGCUGAUUUAGGAGCUACCUGGAAUUGGAAGGAAGAGAAUAUUGAUGCUCCAAAAAUACCGGAAGCUUAUACAAAUGUUGCAGAAUCAAAGUUUCCGAUAAAGGUGGAGGACUUCUUUAGGUACUUUUUAUCAGACGACGCUGUUAAUUUUCAUGAGUUGUUUCAUGAAAGAUGUGGAGAUAAAGACUUGAAGUGUACUUCAUGGCAGUCUCAAGAAGUUGGGUAUACCCGGGAAAAGUCAUUUCAACAUCCAAUAAAACUUUACCUUGGAGCGAAAUUUGGUGGUUGUCAUGAAGUUCAGACACUGCGAAUCUACAAGAACAGUCAUGUGGUUUUAGAGACAUCACAAGAAGUCAGUGGCGUACCUUAUGCAGAUUAUUUCCGUGUUGAGGGAUGGUGGGAUGUCCAGAAAGACAACAAUGAAUCAAAAGAGUGCUGUGUUUUGCGGGUUUAUGUGGAUGUUGCAUUUUCGAAGAACACUAUAUGGAAAGGCAAAAUAGUACAGUCAACAAUUGAAGAAUGCCGAGAAGCUUAUGCUACAUGGAUAAACAUGGCUCAUGAGUUGUUGAAGCAAAAGAACCUUGAAAAACAAGAAGAGAGCGCUCCUACUGCUGGCGGGGCACAAACUAGCGCGGUAAAUUUAGAUAGUGAACAAAUAGCCGGAGGAUCUUCAGAGAGUUCACAAGAGCCAAAUAACCCUGGAAUUCUACCCCUUACAUCUGACAUCGUUCGUUCUAAUCGCAACGUUGACAGCCAGUUGCAAGGAAAUCUGAUUGACUCAACGUCUAUUUCAUGCAUGUUAAGAGAAUGCGUGACAAAGUUCCGGUCUUGUUUAAAAAGUCAGAGCCAUCUCUCGCUAUUCCUAGUUAUCAUUUUUGCUGUUAUCUUCUUUAUGCAGCAGUUUAGCAUACUUAUACUGUUGUCGAGGCCCCAACAGAUCCAUGUGAGCACUCCAACAGAUUAUGUGAAUAGGAUGGAAUAUGGAGUGAGCAGAAGCGCUUCAGAUAUAGCUUGGUUGGAGAAAAGGAUUCACUUCCUGAAAGAUGAGAUGUACAUGAUUGAGACUAGGCUUGAGAGAAUGAGGUACGAGCAUGCCCUCUUGAAAAAGCAACUCAAAGAUCUAGAGCUAGAUAAAUAGAUCAAUGGACACCCACCAAACUUUGAUUCAUGUAGUUGUUUGUUGCAUUCCUUCCUUGUAAAUAAGAAAAAUGUAAUACCUAGGCAUGAGAGAGAGGAAAAGUUAAAAAAAAAAAAAAUUGUUGCAGCAUGCUAGCUGGAUUUUCACUCGGCUUUUUGUUGAUAGAGAAAUUUCUGACUUCGCGGCCAAAAGAGAGCCAAAGGAAGCCUGCAAUGUGUAAUUUUUUUUUUUAAAGUACAAAUGACAGUCCAUGGGUUUAAA